AUGCACUGUAGUCCGGAGAAUGGCACAGGCCCAAUUCAGUACACAUGGGAGCACGAGAGUCGCAAUGGGCUGGUCACCACAUUGGCUGAGAGCAACAGCAGUCUGCUCAACAUCACCUGGGUCACCCGCAACCACACCGGCUGGUACAGAUGCCUGGCCAGGAAUGAGGUCAACCAGCAGUGCAGUAACCAGAUCUGGUUAGAUGUCUUAUUUGGACCAGACCUGCCUCACAUAGAUGUCACAGCCUACUCCAUAACAGAGAAUGGUUACUCAGCCCUUGAGAAAGGGAAUGUUUCCCUGAUGUGCCAGGCCUCCUCUAACCCUCCUAGCCAGUACAUCUGGUUUUACAACAACUCAGAGAUCUAUUCUGGACCAGAGCUCACCAUCACCAAGAUCCUGCGCAUGCAUACAGGCAAAUAUGGCUGUACUGCUAAGAACACAUUCCUCAACACCUGCUCUAAGAAAACCAUAACUCUCACCAUAUACUAUCCACCAGAUGGCAACCCAUCUUGUUCCAUCCAUCCAGUAAACAACUACACUGACUUGGCCCUUUCCUGUUCCUGGGUUGGGGGAUAUCCUCCAGCUACACUGAACUGGAGUCCCCAUAACAAUGAGUACCUGAUGCUGUCCUGCUCCUGGGAGGGGGGUUUCCCUCUGGCUCUGCUGUGGUGGGUUUCCAGGUCAGGGGACAUGCAGGGCACAUCUGAGGAGAACUCCAACAUCCUGCUCCUGCCCUCCAGUGGCAACUACAGUGACAAAGCCUUUGUGUGUCAGGCCAAACAUCCACUAGCUAAGGAGAGCAAGCAGUGUGUGUUAAAUCUGGAUGCUCCGGUAUUAAUGACUCAGAGCAAUACGGUUUCAGUUUUUGAAGGCACUGAUGUUCAACUUACCUGCUUUCUGGCCAAACACUACCCUCCAGUCUCAGGGGUCAUUUGGUACAACAACAUAAGGAAGAAUGUGGGUUACAUACCCAAGAAGUACAUCCUGCAGCAAUCUGCAGCCUGGUAUAACCUGACUGUGCGGGAAACAGACAUUAUGGUGGACAGUGGCCAGUACUGGUGCUCUGCUGCCAAUGCUGUCGGAGGAACAGAGAUCCCCAUCAUGCUGCUGGUGAUGAGGUACCCGAUGCCUCCAAACGUGACCAUCAGUAAGAUCACAUACAGCAGCAGUCAGCGAACAAAUGUGAAUGUGGAGUGGCUCAUCCAGACAGAUGGUGACAUUACUGGCUUCUUCAUUGAGAGUCAGACGCUCCCUGCACCAGUAGGGAGGAGUGACAUUGUUUCUCUGUGGCAGAAAGUGGCAGUAGAUCUGGAGCCCAGCACCCGCAGCUAUCAGGCCAACAAUCUGGAUCCCACUGGCAAAUAUGCUUUCCGCAUCACAGCCAUCAAUCACCGCACCUUAGGAUAUCCAUCAGAAAUAAAGAGUCCAGUGCCAGUGGCAGUGUCCAAACCUUACUUUCUGGUGAGUGAGUCUUCGCCAGUAGAGGCAACAACAGUCUGGAUGCGCUGUGAUCUGAAGAAUGGCACAGGCCCCAUUCAGUACACAUGGGAGCAGGAGAGUCGCAGUGGGCUGGUCACCACACUGGCUGAGAGCAACAGUAGUCUGCUCAACAUCACCUUCGUCACCCGCAACCACACUGGCUGGUACAGAUGCCUGGCCAGGAAUGAGGUCAACCAGCAGUGCAGUGAGCAGAUAUGGUUAGAUGUCUUAUAUGGUCCAGACUUGCCUCAAUUAGAUACCACAGCCUACUCAGUAACAGAAAAUGGCUACUCAGCCCUGGAGAAAGGAAAUGUUUCUCUCAUAUGCCACGCCUCCUCUAACCCUCCUAGCAGGUAUAUUUGGCUCUACAACAACUCUGAGAUCUUUUCUGGGCCACAGCUCACAAUUAUCAGGAUUAUGAGAAUGCACACAGGCAACUAUGAUUGUCUGGCUGAGAAUGAUAACCUCAACACCCGCACCAAGAAAACCAUCACUCUCACUGUCUACUAUCCCCCAGAAGGUGCUCCAUCAUGUACCAUGUUCCCAGUGAGAAAUUACACUGACUUGGCCAUUUCCUGUUCCUGGGUGGGUGGAUUCCCUCCACCUACCCUGAAGUGGACCCCAUACGAGAAUGGAGACAGCACCAAGGAAAUCAAUAUCACUCAGAUUCAGCCAGGGCCUCAUACUGCUAACAACUCUGUAUUUAUCUGCUAUGGGCUGCCCUAUGGAGAGGCCAAGUGUUCUGCAAAUUCCAGCAGUAAUUAUGAGUACCUAAUGUUGUCCUGCUCCUGGGAGGGGGGUUUCCCUCGGGCUCUGCUGUGGUGGGUCUCCAGCUCAGGGAACAUGCAGGGCACAUCUGAGGAGAACUCCAACAUCCUGGUUCUGCACGCCAGUGCAAACUACAGUGGCAAAUCCUUUGUGUGCCAUGCCAAACAUCCACUAGCCAAAGAGAGUAGCCAAUGUGUGAUAAAGCUGGAGGCACCAGUCUUAACGACUCGAUACAGUGUGGUUUCAGUCUUUGAAGGCAAUGAUGUCCAGCUUGACUGCAUUCUGAGCAAACACUACCCUGCAGUCACAGAGAUCACAUGGUAUAACAAUAAAAAACAAAAGGUGGUAGACAAACCCAAGAAGUACUACCUUCAGCAAGCUGUUGGUUGGUCCAACUUGACAGUGAGAGAGACAGAUGGCAUGGUGGACAGUGGUCAGUAUUGGUGUUCUGCUACCAAUGCUGUCAGAAGAGCAGAAAUUCCUAUCAUGCUGCUGGUAAUCAGUGAGUUCACUACAAACUAA